GGGAAUCGCGGAAUACCAGAGUUUACGGCAGAGUUGAUGCGGCACGGACGGCGCCCACCCAAAAGAGGGGUCGAAUGGAGCAAGGGAGGAAAUGGCCAUUUCGAUGGUCCAGGUGGCCUGGGUGCCACCCUGAAGGAAAUAUGGGAUGUAUAAAAUCAAAAAGGAAAGACAAUCUGAAUGGCGAUGGAAUAGAUUUGAAGCCUCAACCAGUACGUAAUACUGACCGAACUAUUUAUGUGAGAGAUCCAACGUCCAAUAAACACCAAAGGCCAGUUCCAGAGUCUCAGCUCUUACCGGGACAGAGGUUUCAAACCAAAGAUCCAGAGGAGCAAGGAGACAUCGUGGUAGCCUUGUACCCUUAUGAUGGCAUCCAUCCAGAUGACUUGUCGUUCAAGAAAGGAGAGAAGAUGAAGGUCCUGGAGGAACACGGAGAAUGGUGGAAGGCUAAAUCCCUUACAACGAAGAGAGAGGGUUUCAUCCCCAGCAACUACGUGGCCAAAGUGAACACACUGGAAACAGAAGAGUGGUUUUUCAAGGACAUAACCAGGAAAGACGCCGAAAGGCAGCUUCUGGCGCCCGGAAACAGUGCUGGGGCUUUUCUUAUCAGAGAAAGUGAAACAUUAAAAGGAAGCUUCUCUCUGUCUGUCAGAGAUUACGACCCUGUGCACGGUGAUGUUAUUAAGCACUACAAAAUUAGAAGUCUGGACAAUGGGGGUUAUUACAUCUCUCCACGAAUCACCUUUCCUUGUAUCAGUGACAUGAUUAAGCAUUACCAAAAGCAGUCAGAUGGCUUGUGCAGAAGAUUGGAGAAGGCGUGUAUUAGUCCCAAACCUCAAAAGCCGUGGGACAAGGAUGCCUGGGAGAUCCCACGGGAGUCCAUCAAGUUGUUGAAAAGGCUUGGUGCCGGGCAGUUCGGGGAAGUCUGGAUGGGUUCCUAUAACAACAGUACCAAAGUGGCCGUGAAAACCCUGAAGCCGGGCACCAUGUCUGUGCAGGCCUUCCUGGAGGAAGCGAACCUCAUGAAGACCCUGCAGCAUGACAAGCUGGUGCGGCUCUACGCCGUGGUCACCAGGGAGGAGCCCAUCUACAUCAUCACCGAGUACAUGGCCAAGGGCAGCCUGCUGGAUUUCCUGAAGAGUGACGAAGGGGGCAGAGUCCUGCUUCCAAAGCUAAUUGACUUUUCUGCUCAGAUAGCAGAGGGAAUGGCGUACAUCGAGAGGAAGAACUACAUUCACCGAGACCUGCGGGCAGCAAACGUCCUGGUGUCUGAGUCCCUCAUGUGCAAGAUCGCGGAUUUUGGGCUUGCCCGCGUGAUCGAGGACAAUGAGUACACCGCCAGGGAAGGUGCCAAAUUCCCCAUCAAGUGGACAGCUCCGGAAGCCAUCAACUUUGGGUGUUUCACAAUUAAGUCUGACGUGUGGUCCUUCGGAAUUCUCCUGUAUGAGAUCGUCACCUACGGGAAAAUCCCCUACCCAGGGAGGACGAAUGCCGACGUGAUGACCGCCCUGUCGCAGGGCUACAGGAUGCCCCGAGUGGAGAACUGCCCAGACGAGCUCUACGAUAUCAUGAAAAUGUGCUGGAAGGAAAAGGCAGAAGAGAGGCCGACAUUUGACUACUUGCAGAGUGUCCUGGACGAUUUCUACACCGCCACGGAAGGGCAGUAUCAGCAGCAGCCUUAACGCACGGGAAGUCUCGUGCCCGUCGGUUGGGACGGCCACCUCGUUAAAAACAGAAAACACGACAGUCCCUGGUUUGCGCCGGUGUUUCACAUGCUAGGAUCAUCGCCCAGCCCUGCUUCCUGAAAGUGAGGCCAAGUUACUCAGGAGGAACACUCUCGACAUGGGAAAGUACUCUGUUUCUCAUUGGCGGAUGCCCACCGGUCGCCGCGUGGCCCACUCCCAGCCGGCAGUCUUGCUUUGCUAGCCGACAUACAGCCUUCUGAGAAGAAACCACCCAUCCUGUCCCACAGGCACCCACCUUGGCCUCUUGUUUACAACCCGAUGUGUGACCCGUAGGUUCAGAGGCCCUCGCAGCGAAUCUCAAAACAGUAGCAGAAUGAAACUCAUUUAUAAAAAGCGAAGUAACCAGAUGCGUAUCACGACCCUUGUUUGCGUUUUCUCUAUGCUUUGGCUUGUCUGUUAAAAAAGAGAUUACUAAUCCGAUCUGUUACGUUUUGCCGCUGAAGUCAGCAGGUUAAAACGGUCUCUCCCAGAUUGCAGUGAUCUCCCCUGCCCCUGGAGUCUGAGACUGUUGAAGAUUUUCCUUCCAUGGAGGCGGCUGGGAACCCCCAGACGCAAAGCAGAGGAGCCGCCGUGUUCUCCUGCUCUGUUUCCCACGAAGUGUGGUUUGUGAGCGUGCAGGGCUAUCGUGAGCCACCACGCGGACACCGCCGACAGCCAGGGCUGGCCCAGACCUCCCAGGAAGGAGCGGACCCAAGGAACUGCUGGCCCUCAGAAGGAAUGUUUUUUAACCGCCCAGCUCUUCAAACCCACAGUUUCCUCCCUGAGAGACUGUUUGGACCAUGUACGUGGGAGAACAAUAAGACUCUAAUCUCUGCAGAGCCUGGUAAGGCCUUAUGAGACAUAAGAAUUCUCUUUAUCGCUUCCAUUGAUUUGAACAUUAUUUUAACGAUGAAAUGUUAAUUUUAGUUGUACUCGAGAAAGUAAAAACGCCAUAUUUGGGUCUAUUUUUGUGAUUCAGCAAUCUUUCCUAAAUUGUGGAAGGUGUGUGUGAGACUAUUUAUAUGAGGAUAUGAGAGCAACGGAAGCGACUGCAAGGCUCGGAUGAGCUCCUGCAGCAAAGGAGACAGAGGUUUUGUUUACUAACUUGUUCUACUGUGAGCUUUGGAGAGAAAAUGCUACAUCACAUUGUGUUUCCCUAAUGCUAUUGUGUAUAUACCUAAUAUUGCUAUUUUUUUGAUUUUAUUUGAAUACACCUGGCCCAAUAACA